AGGAAGACGGACAGAAACGGACAGAAGCAGAAAUGUCUGAUCAGUGUGAUCUGUGUCUGCUGGGACUGAUCAUUCUCUCUUCACUUCUCACAGGCACCAGUGGAGUGGAUGAUGAUCAUGUGUUCAUCAGUUCUGGUGUAGAUGUCCGUCUGUCCUGUAAUAAAACUCUUUCUGACUGCAAAUCAACAUCAUGGUUCUAUAGCAGAUUCAGACGUUCAGCAGCAGUUGAACUGAUUAGUUUAGGGAUAAAGAAAGACACAGAGAGACAUGAGAGACUGAGUCUGGAGUCUGACUGCUCUCUGAACAUCAAGAACGUCACAGAAGAAGAUUAUGGAUUAUACAACUGCAGACAAUAUGUGAACGGACAGAAACAAGGAACUGAUGCACAUGUUUAUCUGCAUGUUCUUCAUUCCUCACAGACUGAGAUCAGUCCAGGCCGCUCUGUGACUCUCUCCUGUCAGUUGUAUUCAUAUAUUAGAUUCUCCUGUGAUGAUCGGGUUCGUUCUGAGGGAUUUGAGCUGUUGUGGGUGAAUCAGGCUGGUGUUGAUCUGAAGACAGAAAACAGAUAUCUGAUAUCAUCAUCAUCAUCAUCAUCAUCAUAUCGCUGUAUCAUCACUCUGACUACAACACUCCUGAAUGAAGAUAACAACAGAGAGUGGAGAUGUCAGGUUACUCACAGAAAUCAACUCCAGACAUCAGUCACAUACACUGUCAAGUAUUCAGCUCCAGUCUCUUCAACAACACUGACUCCAGUCAGCAGAUCAAACUCUGAGAAGACAUCAAGCAGAACUACAGCAACAGCUCCUACACAAGUUGUAACAUCAACUACAGCAACAACACUGACUCCAGACACCACAGCAAGCUCUCUGAAUCCAGGUCCAGCUGAUACAGCUUCAGAAACUGCUGGAUUAUUAUACAGAGUGAUUGUGAGUAUUGUUGAGAUUGCACUGUUUGCUGCUCCUACUGUGAUUCUUCUUCAGAUCAUCUGUGCAAGAAGAGCUGGGAGGAAGAACUUGAAGCACCCAGAGGAAAUAGAGAUGCCUGCAAUAUUACAAUAAAAUACUGGUGAUGUGUGUGAACAUUCAUCUUCUGCAGCUCCAGUCUCUUCAACAACACUGACUCCAGUCAGCAGAUCAAACUCUGAGAAGAC